AUGCUGAAGGCAACGAUAUUGUGCCGAUUGCGGAGUGUAUUAGUGUGUGUCAGUCCGUGUUAGCUGGUUAACCCGAACUUUGUCGGCGGUAGGUGUAAAAAGGGCAACACAGCAAGAUGAAAAACGGAGGCAGUGACGACUUUUUUUGACGAAAUGUCAAAAAAAGAGCUUGCUCGAGAGGACAUAUGUGUGCCGCGAUGUACGUGCUGCUACCCGUGACGGGAUAUGUUCUCACAUCAGUCCUGCUGUUUAAAUGUCCGUCACUUUUGCAUCGGAAGAAACGGGAGACUUUCAGGAGCAGACACAUAUCGCACCGCGGGGGUGCAGGUGAAAACCUGGAGAACACCAUGGCAGCUUUCAGACAUGCGGUCCAGCUGGGCACAGACAUGCUGGAGCUGGAUUGUCACCUGACCAAGGAUGAGGAGGUUGUGGUGUCACAUGACCACAACCUGAUGCGCUCAACGGGCGUUUGUGCUAACGUCUGUGACCUGGCGUACACUGAGCUGCCCCCUUACCUGUGCAAGCUUGAUGUCUCCUUCCAGAAAGAGUGUUUCUGUGAGGGAGGGGAGGAUAAGCACAUUCCCCUGCUGAGGGACGUCUUCGAGGCCUUCCCGCACACCCCCGUCAACAUCGACAUCAAGGCCAACGACGACACGCUCAUCAGAAAGGUCUCAGAACUCGUGGUGAAGUACAACCGCGAGCAUCUGACCGUUUGGGGAAACACGAGCAACAAGAUUGUGCAGAAGUGCUACAAGGAGAACCCACAGAUCCCCAUCCUGUUCAGCCUGCAGCGGGUUCUGCUGCUGGUAGGGUUGUUCUACACAGGCCUGCUGCCCUUCGUGCCGCUCCGGGAGCAGUUCCUGGAGAUCCCCAUGCCCUCCAUCUUCAUCAAGCUGACUGACCCCAGGAGGCUGACGAAGCGCCAGCGUUUCAUUGCUUGGCUGGCUGAUAUGCUGCUGAUGAGGAAAGCCCUAUUUAACCACCUCACUGCCAGAGGGAUUCAGGUUUAUGUGUGGGUGCUGAAUGAUGAGGAGGAUUUCCACCGUGCGUUUGCUCUGGGAGCCACUGGGGUGAUGACCGACUACCCCACCAAACUGAAGGAGUUCAUGGAGAAAAAAAACACCUAACCUGUCAACAUCUACCUAAACCCCCCCAGAAACUCCAAAUCACUUAAAACGAACCCACCCAUAAACAUUCAAAUCACUUUUACCUAAACCACCGCCCAUAAACAUCCAAACCUCUACCUAAACCCCCAUAAAAUAAUCAAUUUGGGAUUUUGGGAUCAUUGCCAACACCUCCCAUCCAGAGGAUUACCCAGAAUCCUGCAGUGCACUGCCCAUUGUGGCACACCUGUUCAUAAGUGCACAUUUACCUGCCAGCAUUGAGCAGGUAGAGCUCAACCUCUAUCACAUUUUGCCCUUAUUUGGUCUAAGUCUAGGGGUCCGAAGGUAAAAGUCCUGCUUUGUGUUUCCUCCACCCAUGAACUCAUUUCACACUAAUUAGCCCUACCUCCUGGCUGAAGAGUUGUGGUAAUUAGCAAAUCCAGGUGAUUGGAACAAAGUAUUUUUACUUUCUGAACAUGGAUUUUACACCUCUGCUUAUUACAGAGAGAAACUCUUCAGCCCUCCAGUCUAAAGACUGUACUGUACAGUUGCGUAGUUUACAGUGUUUUAGCCACUGGUUUUUACCAAGUCUACCUGUGUUGAAAUGCGCAGAUGGAGAAGAUCUGACUCAGCAGUUUGUGAAAAUGCUUUUCACUGCCCGACAGACUGAGAACAGUGCAUUUUUCUUUAUAAUGCAUGUUAAUGCCCUUGUUUUGUCUCAUUUCAACAAGCCCUCCGACUUACUGUGUGUUUUCAGAUUUUGAAUUGCAAUAUUCGAGGUGUCCGAUACCAUUUUCUGCCUUUAUGAAAACGAUGAUAUCCCAAAGCAAGUAGUUAACACUCCUUGGAGUGUUAUAACAUAUGUAAUUAUGCGUCGUUGUUCUCCAUAGUAACACUUUCAUUCGUCCCAGGGGGCAUUUUACAGAAAUCAGAUGCCGUAAUCGUGUCGAGGGGAGAUUAAUUCUGUUUGCAGUGAAGAGGAUUUCACUGUAAUGGCUCCGGUGGAGGGAUAUGGAUGCUUUUGAAGCACAGUAGUGUGUGAUUGCUCGAGAACUCGCCUCCUAGGUUAGGACAGUGCUGUUGUAAGGUACUUGCAGGGUAAUUUAAUAGCUUCAGUAUGUAUCCAGACCGGCUGUAUGGGGGGGGAUACGAAUACCGUGUAAAAAUGCAAAAGUUGCAUGAAGAGCGUUUGCUGAAAUGGCGGUAAUGAAAUGGCAGGGGGUUCACCGAUUGUAAGUUUAUUAAAUUAAUGAAUUUGUUCAAAAUAUAUAUGGGCAGUGGCUACAUGCAAUAUUAAGUACAUGUAUAUGUGAUAUCAACUAAUUACAUAUUUUGUAUGAGUACGUCAUCGGUUGAAGUCCCUUUGCUGAUACUGUGUGCAACCACUGUCUAUAGUUAUUUUAACAUUUAUUUUUUGAGUGUAGACUGUCGUUUAGGAAGUGAGAAUAAAAUAAAAAUAAAAUAAUGUAGGUUUUAUUGCGGGCUGGCGUAUUAUUGCUGCGUAGUUUUCAGCCAAUGGUAGCCAGCGUUAAAGGAAAGUGGGAGGAGGAAAUAUGAUCGCACGGACUUGAUCAAGCAGACUAAUAACGUAUUCUUUAUCCUAACUUGAUAAGCGAGGCGUAUUCUGUGCAAAGAAGCAGUCAUGUGGCACUAUGUCAUUGUCGUUUUUCUGCAUUGUAAUUGUUUACACCGCGAUCGCUGCUGUAAUUUGUGUCUUUGUGCUGCAAAUGGGGUAAGAGUGAUUAUUUUAAAAGUUAUGUUUUAUGAAUUCAGAGUCUGAAAAGCUGAAUGACUAUUAUCCUAUUUGAUUGGAAUUGUCUUUGUGUAGGCUAUUAGUCAUCCAGGGGCGACAUGGCUCAGGCAGUAAGAGCAGUCGUCUGGCAGUCGGAGGGUUGCCGGUUCGAUCCCCCACCCGGGCUGUGUCGAAGUGUCCCUGAGCAAGACACCUAACCCCCAAAUGCUCCUGACGAGCUGGUCGGUGCCUUGCAUGGCAGCCAACCGCCGUCGGUGUGUGAGUGUGUGUAUGAAUUGGUGAAUGAGAAGCAUCAAUUUGGAUAGAAGCAGCGCUUUGGAUAAAGGCGCUAUAUAAAUGCCAACCAUUUACCAUUUUGAUGUUUUUGGUUCCGCCGUUGUCUCUGGCUGGACUUUAAAUCCUGCAAAUGUGCAAUAUUGAUUUAAAUAAUAGUAUUUAAUGCUUUUAUUUGUACAUGGUACACUUUUUAUUAUGGGUUUUUGGUUUAUAUUGAAAAUGUGUUUAUUGAUUUUACAACUUCAUUUUGCACGUUGUGAAGCCUGAGUUUCUUAAUUUAAUCUCUCAAUAAAGAAACAAGGGUUGGGCCUGCGCUUUGCUCUCUACUCCUGUUAGGUUCCGUCUCGUCAUCCUAGGAAAAAUGUCCCUCUCUUUCCAGCUCACAGGGACUGAUAAAUGGAUGCCUUUUAGCAGACCACACUUUCCUACCCAUCCAGUUCUCUACUUCUAACUUUUAGCUGCCUGGAAGAAACAGUAUUGUGAGGUGAUUUUUUUUUUAAGACUCUCAGAUACGAAUGUAAUCAUUUGACGUCAUUGUCCUGAGUUACAUAGUGUAUAGUGAGCAAGAGAUGAUAAAUGGUUAUAAAUGGUGUAUGUUAAAGUCCUACAUAUUUUUAAAUGCGGUGAGCUUUGAAAAUGUAUAAAUUGUAAUGAAGCAAUGCUGAAAUAAGACGACCAAUAAAUGUCUAGAUUACGUACUA